UUUAUAUUAAUAUUUAAUUUACAAUUUGUAAAACUUCUUGAUUAUUGUCACACCUUUUGUACAUGCAAUAGUUAAUAAUAACUGAUAGAAAAUGAAAAUACCAACGGAAAGAGAUCAGAUGUAAAGUACAUAAAAUAAAAUAGUAUGGGCAACGUUGAAUCCAUCGAAAAAUAAAAUAAAACAAAUUUUUUUAUUGAUAAGCAGAAUCCUCGUUAAUUCUAGGAUAUCCUGUAAUAACGCAGGAUCAAUUCACUUUCUGUAUUGUACAAUGUUCCGUUCCAUUGGUUCGUUGAAGUCGUGAAAUUCGAGCAUAGAAUAAAUCGAACGAUCAUCAGUUCCCGUGGAUUUAUUUCGUUGGGAAGACUAGGCACAAGCGUUAAUUCGGUGUCUCGUAAACAACGCAGGUCGCGCUCAAAUGUACGGGGAUUUCCGGUGUUUUAUCGAUCUCCAUAAAGUCUCGCGUAGAUAGUAUGUCCGCUUCACGAUUCUGUCGAGAGAAUAAUUUUUCCCUAUGAUUUUAUUGCAAUGACAGUUUCCUUGUGUUGUUUUCUGCUUUUUUUCGUUCUUUUUCUUUAAUAUAUGUAUAUAUAUCUUUACUACGUAAACAUUUAUAUGUCGCUUUUAUCGGACACGCGAUUCUGUUGCGUGUAGAAACGAAGAAACGGCUCGAGAUAUAUCAUUUUAACUAUGUAAAUACUAUAAGCAUUACAUUUAACGUGUCGAUUGUCAUACAAACGUUGUUAUAAAAAUUUCAUUAGAGAAAUCAAUUUUCUUCCACUUGAAACACCCAUUUCUCACGAACAAUGACCAUAGUCGAAACAAAGUUACAUUUCCCUGUCGUUCGAAUAAAUGGUAUAUAAACAUAGAAUGUACUUACAAUACAUAAACACACAAAUAAGAGAUAAACGGCUAAAGUGGUUCAAGGAAUAAGGGAAGCAGUUCCGUUGCUCAAUGUGCAUUUUCAUCGAAUUAGUCUCAGUCUCGUCCCGACGUUGAAUUUAUUCGCUCGACUCAAGAUCCCCAUUGGGACCUCUAUUCAACUACAUGCGCGAUGAGUUGAGCAGAUUCAAGGCAUUCUUCAGAUACAAAUGUUAUAGUUAAUAACUGAAUGGUUCUUAUCACAACCUUUUUCUAGAAUGAAAAAUAAUCGUGUAUAAUAUAGUACAAUAUGUAUACAAAGUACAAGUACAGAUACAUUGUACUUUUUAUAAUAAAUUUUUGAUUUAUUGAGGUGUAAACAUAAAUGAUUAGCAGAAAAGUUAUUUACAAUAAAAGAAUAGAUUGUUAACUGUAAUUAAAACGAAAAAAAAUCAGCUAACAAGUGUUCAUAUUUGCAGAAUUUUCAUAGAAACUGCUAAUUGCUUCACUAAUUACUAGUAGCAAACAGUUACUCGAAGUUUCUAAUAAUAAUAGCAAGUUGUUAAUACAGCGCAGCGUGCUCUACAGAUAAGCUCUUUUUUUAUUUUAGUUAUUUACGAUGAUAAACGAGUUUCUAGAAAAAAAUAGUAGCUUCCGAAUAGUAGCGAUAUUUAUUCACGUUGCAAGACAUAACAAUAGUCGCGUGGAGAAUUGUCAACCGAAUAUUCUUUAGAUAAUGUGUCGACAGUCUUGUCAUUAUCAGUUACUAAUGGUGCAAUGACAGUAAAUGCGAUCCACUGAGACUGGUACCACAGCACGAUUGUGCGACGCAAAUGUUGAGUCAUCGCCGCUGAAAAUAUCGUAAUAACAUCGUCCAUAUAUGUAUACACUUACAUUUACGUAUUUCCUCCUUCAACAUGAAUGUGAAUGGUAUACCUGCAGAAACGAUGAUGUGUUCAGAAGAUUCGAGAGCUCUUGAAUUGCGCUAUUUGGUCGAGGAAAACAGAAGUAUGUAUAAUAGAUAACAUAUGUAUAUUGGAAUUUCAACACGAACUAAUAAUCAUGUUAAAUGCUGUGUGGGGGUCAUCGGUGAUCGGUGACCGAAUGACAGAUACUUGAAUAAUUAAAAGAAAACAACUGAAAAAUAUUAUUUUAAAUAGUAUCAUAUUAUUAUAGUAGGUAAAAGUGUUUCCCUACGUUUGAUUGAUUUUCUACGUUCUCGAUAUUUCUACGAACUAUGCAUUAUCCGGCCGAAAAAGAUAAAUACACUUCCAUCGGGUUAAAUAUAUACAUACAUACAUACAUACAUACAUAUAUACACGCUUCUAUUUCAUUGUUCCACGUGCUAACGCGUGUACAACGAACGACAGACGUGUACAUACAUACAGGUGGAGUGAUUUACUCUUAUUCAUCGGCUGAAUGUCAAUUUGGAAAGCUGCUUUCCGGUUUCACCAUUCAUCGAAUCAACGACAAAUAACGUUGCUUUUGAAUCAUGCGGCCAUGGCAAACCACCGCGGCACCGAAUGACGUUAUUCAACUUCUUCCGAGAAAAAUUCGCCGUUGAGCUAUUAUCGCGCCGUGUUCCUGGAACGCGGAAUAAUUCUAAUAAACAGUUGAUCUUAUUCUCGUGAAAAUAAUUGGCUCAUUGUUUUUGCAUUAAAGUCGUAGAAUUUAUAGAGAAUUUCCUUUUAUUAGUCAAAUAUGGACACACACACACGGUCUCAGCAUUAAUUUAACGAAGGAGUCGUCAUGGCAUUAGUUUGAUGGGUGGUGGUGAUAGAUAGUCAUGCUAUCGACACAUUGUUGACGCCAGGCACAUAUCUCAGGGGUGAGACAUAUCAUGCGUCGACAAUGUUUCGACAAUGGCAGCGAACGUGUAACAAUACUUCUGGAUGACUUCUGGAUCUCAAGUUGAAGAAUCCAUCAGCAGCGAUAGCGAUGUGUGUUGAGAUAUGCUUUACGGUAUUUUUAGAUCAAUGAUCAGUAAAUAAUAUUUAGUUGGUCAGUUGAUCGAUUAAAAAAAUGAUUUUUCAUUAUUUUUAUUGAUUCUCUAUAUUUUCGAGGAAAAUAACAUGAAUAACAACCCUUUUCCAGAAGCGUGAUCUUAUCAAAGAGGAUGUUACAUAUGUUCCGUAAGUAAAUUGGUAUUCCGCUACGGCAAUCUGGUGAACUUUUCGUAUUCCUCGAAACGCGUGCUCUUCCCCGUUUCUUCAAUGCAGCUUUUCUCGCAUAAACAUAGAAUUUUGUACAUAUAGGUAAGUAGGUACCCUUGACGUGUCUUGGUCUUCUUCUGAUGCGAUUACGGGUACUUUUAACCCUUUCGUUACUAACGGCAAACAUAGACAUUCGCCUAGUAAAUAUUACAGACGACUAUGUAUAUCGGUUAUACUUGAAUAUCUGCAAUAAAAGAUAGGUACCUUAUUGGAAAUAAAGUUUUCUGAAGAAAAUUAUUUUACAUUCAUUUGUAUAGUAACUUGGAUAGUUUAAUAUUAUUUAUUAUCUCCAGUUGUAGAAAGCAAUAUAGUUGCUUCUUUUUAAAGUUAUAACUGAGUUUUCACUGUUAUAUUCGCUUCCAAUCGGGUUGUAAAGUUGAACGAGUACCUACAUAGGUAUACCCAGACGUGAUUGGGGUAUCUGUGCUAAGGUCGAGCGAACAAAAAGUGGAACGAACCGUACAGUUAUUUUCUUAAAAAUAUAAACAUGUAAAAAUAGCUCGAUGAGAAAUACCAUAUUAUAUGUACAUAUACGAGUACACUAUUUAUGUACGAUAUACAUAUGUAUGUAGAGAAAAAAGAAAAACUAUUUUUUGCUAAACUAAAAACAAUAAGUGUACCAAGAGAGUUGAGGCAUCACCCAGUGACCCUACCGUGUCUACCGGAGCCAGGCACUGUUUAUAGAUUACCUGCCGGUUGUCGGUUGCUAUAGCCUGAAAACGGUGUGCCACCUUUCGUCGGCCUGAAGGAAUAUCUCAAGGACCGUCUCCGCACGGAGUCGAUCGUGGUUAGCCAUACGAGGGCGAGGGUUACCGUUCAAACAUGGGAGAAUCCUUGUUCUUGAGGAGAGCAGAGAACACUCGAGGAGGAUCUCGCUCGGCUGGUGGCUGAUAAGCGUACGAGUGGAUCGAGUGUGGACAAACGUCAGUGACAGAGUCUUAAAGAGGGAUGUCUGAAUGGGUGGUGUCUGCUCCUGUCGACGAGAUCGCGGUAGCCAAGUUGACGCUGGCUCGAUCCUCGACCGUGUGAUCAGUCAGGCGAGCGACGAGGACCAAUGUCUAUUAUAUCGUCUGGCGAAUUACAAAAAGAGUGGCGAACUGAUAGACGCGUAUAAUCAGGGCGGCCAAUCGGAGGUGGAAAAAUUGAUAAGGGAACAGUUCGGUGUGCUGAUGUACGCGAACGGGAAGGGCCAGGUGAUCAAUCGGGCGGAGUAUCUACGCUGGAAAUUCCGGGACCUCGAGCAAGUCGUACUUCCGAUAGAAGCUUCCUUGUCACGGCUCGAUCCUCUGGCACAAUGGAACGAUCAUCGGGCAUGCUGGCAGAUGCAAUACAGAGGCUCCUUAGGAGAGACCCUCUUGCAUGUUCUGAUCAUAUGCGAUAGCAGGUUACACACGCGAGUGGCGCGUAUCCUGCUCAAGUGCUUUCCACGAUUGGCUAUCGACGUGGUCGAGGGCGAGGAAUACCUCGGCGCUAGUGCACUACACCUGGCUAUCGCGUACAAUAAUAACGAACUGGUGCAAGACCUUGUUGAAGCGGGCGCGAUUAUUUCUCAGCGCGCAAUCGGCACUUUUUUCCUACCCAGGGACCAGCAACGAAUGAACCCGGCAAAGAAUACGGAUUACGAGGGAUUAGCCUACUUGGGAGAGUAUCCUCUCGCCUGGGCCGCCUGCUGCGCGAACGAGAGCGUUUAUAACUUGCUCCUCGAUUCCGGCGCCGAUCCUGACGAGCAGGAUUCUUUUGGGAAUAUGAUACUACACAUGGUGGUAGUCUGUGAUAAAUUGGAUAUGUUCGGCUAUGCUCUUCGACAUCCGAAGCUUCCAGCUCGCAAUGGGAUCGUGAACGCGGCUGGACUGACCCCAUUGACGCUCGCCUGCCAGCUGGGUCGUGCAGAGGUCUUCCGUGAGAUGUUGGAACUGUCUGCACGAGAAUUCUGGCGCUACAGUAAUAUCACCUGCUCGGCAUACCCCCUCAAUGCACUCGACACGCUGUUACCCGACGGCAGAACAAACUGGAACUCGGCGCUAUUUAUCAUUCUGAACGGUACCAAGGAGGAGCACUUGGACAUGCUGGACGGUGGUAUUAUUCAGCGAUUACUCGAGGAAAAAUGGAAGACCUUCGCGCGGUUACAGUUCCUGAAGCGUCUGAUCAUCUUGGUAUUUCACCUGACGUCGUUAUCCCUGGCUGUCUACUUAAGGCCCUCAAACGUCGAUACUGCUCUUAUGAAGUGGCCAGAAGAAGUAACGGAAGUUGCUCGCACGAUAGCCGAGUGUAUCACGGUGAUAGGCGUCUUGAGUUAUAUUCUGGUGCAAUUAGGCGGUGAAAUCAUCAACAUUGGUUUACUGUCGUUCCUGAAACAGUUGAGUCACGAGCCUGCCAAGCUGAUAUUCCUGAUCAGCAACCUGCUCAUACUCGCGUGCAUUCCGUGUCGUCUUGCCGGGAAUAGGCACGCCGAAGACGCGAUCCUCGUCGUUGCUGUACCUGGUUCCUGGUUUCUUUUGAUGUUUUUCGCUGGCGCUAUCCGGCUGACCGGUCCAUUCGUCACCAUGGUCUACAGCAUGAUAACCGGCGACAUGUUGACCUUCGGGAUAAUCUAUAUGGUGGUGCUGUUCGGUUUCUGCCAGUCGUUCUACUUUUUGUACAAAGGCUUUCCGGGAGUGAAAUCAUCUCUCUAUAAUUCCUAUCACUCCACAUGGAUGGCACUGUUUCAAGUAACCCUCGGCGAUUAUAACUACACAGACCUCAGCUACACCACGUACCCGAAUUUGUCGAAGAUGGUGUUCGCUAUAUUCAUGGUAUUGGUACCUAUACUACUACUGAACAUGCUAAUUGCCAUGAUGGGUAACACUUACGCGCACGUGAUUGAGCAAAGCGAGAAGGAGUGGGUGAAGCAAUGGGCGAAAAUCGUGGUCUCCCUGGAGAGAGCGGUAUCGCAGAAGGAUGCACAGAAUUAUUUGCAAGAAUACAGUAUUAAACUUGGGCCUGGUGAUGACCCGAACAACCCAGCAUCUGAGCAACGCGGCGUUUUGGUGAUUAAAAGUAAAUCGAAGACCAAGGCGAAGCAACGAAAAGGUGCUGUGGCUAAUUGGAAGCGCGUGGGAAAAGUAACAAUCAACGAGUUAAGAAAACGCGGAAUGACAGGAGAAGAAUUGCGACGAAUAAUGUGGGGUCGAGCAUCCUUUUCUACACCAGUUAGAGCAAGUCCAAACCUAGCCGAGCCUGGGGUAUCAGCGGUGACUGCUGGUUUCGGGGAUGCAUUAACAGCAGCCUUGGACGUUAUGGCAUUUGCCCAUGACUUGGACAUCUCCACUGCCACUGGAUCGAUUCCAACUAACAUUGACGUAAAACAAUCGAAAGCAAAAAUUGCCAAUGAUGGAGAAACAAAGUUGACAACGAAUAAUCAAGAUAAAGGAUCGAUAAAAGGGAAAUCCGUCCCAGAGAUCGUGAACAAGCAAGAAAAUGAUAAAACUGAGCAUGAUAAAAAAUUUAACGAACCUGUGGAUAUUCAGGAAAAGAACUUGAAGAAUGCGAACAAAUUAGGUUCGAGCUUGACUGAAAAUUAUCAGGAUCCACUGUUGGAACUUGUGAUUGCCUCUGAAAGUACGAAUGACUCUAAAAUGCUAUUGAAAAUAGCGGAACGUGCUGCCAAUGAUUUUGAUUCGCCUGCUAAUCCAAAAAUAAAUCUGCAAAUUUUGGAACAGUUCACGAUGACCAAGAUACCGAUGGAGGAACAAGUUACCGUCAAGAAGAAACAAUAUUUCAUUGAAUCGAGUGAUAACGAUUUUGGUGGCGACAACCUGCUAGGAACGGUUGCCCGUCUCCGUAGAAUAAGAUCAGCUAACAGCAGAUUUAUCACGGCACGGAGACGUUCGCGGCACACCGAUGACGACCUGUCAUCGACGUCUUCCGCAUCCGACGACGGCGGCGGCGACGGCGGCGACGGCGGCGACGGAGGAAAUCCUCGAUACCAGCAGUUGCGCAACGAGCCUGAAGAGAACCCAUCGAACCAUCCAAGUGAAACCAUCCUCGACGAAUCCAUCGAGACAAUUAAGUCGCAAACAAAGCAGAACGAUGUUAGCUGUGGAUCGAGAAGUAAAGCUCAUUGUCAGAAGCGUCGACCAAAAACGGCCAGAAACAGGGUAUCGCCGAAGGAAACGGAGGAUUCCGGCGAAAGGAGAAGGGAAUCGAUCGAGCGGAAUAAGGCGGUUUCACCGGCGACGUCGCCCACCGAUCCGCUCGAACCAUGGAGCACACGCGGCAUUAAAGACAUGAACACGAUAUUGGCUUGGGAGGAAAAUGUGCGGGACAGUCCUUAACGAAACUUUACGAUAUUAUCCUCGACAUGUUGGCCAAAACAACGGACGUUGUUUUUGCGGCGACGCGACGCGACGCGACACGACGGAAGCUAUCCAUUACCACGGAAAUGGUAAUCGAGGAAAUUCCGCUCUUGAUAAUAAAUCUGAAGAACCAAUGGAUGCUCUGUAUGCUCGUUUAAAAAUUUUCCUCUCUUCUGAAUAAAUUUUAGUAAUAUUGUUGAUUAACAAUGGGAUACAAUAAAAGGAUACAACGCA